UCCUGAAGAAAUCUGAGAGGUCACCGUCAGCUAAGAGAGCGAAGAAGCUGCUCAAUGCUUGAUCUGAUCUAGAUUUAAAAACAUAUAUUGAAACCAGCAAGCUCUUGUUGGCACUGCUUUUUCCCUCUGAGCUUUAAAGACCUUCCUUGCAGAAGGAAGGGUGUAUUGUGUCCAGUUCACAAAGAUCCAAACUUUUUCUGUCAUCACGUGCCUCACUCUAGCCAAUCAGCAGCUCUGUAAUGCGAUCACCAUGGUUGGCCUCUCCACCCACCCAACAGACAGCAGCAUUAGCCAGCAGCACCACCAGCAGCGGCAGCUACGGAAAUUGCAGAGGACCAGAGGGAGCCUGUCUGAGUCUCCCAAUCAUCUGUCCUCUUGGAUGGACACAUCUGAGGCUCCAUGAAGCGAACAGCUUUCAUCCUGGGCUCUGGGCUCCUCUUGUUUGUGGCCUACUGGAAUCCGAUCUCAUGGCGUCUCCAGAGAUUUUGGGGUGCUUCUGGCUACUUUUGGCAAGCCCAAUGGGAGAAAAUACUGUCCACAUUUGAAGGCAAAGAGUGGAUCCUCUUCUUUACAGGUGCUGCCCUAGUACCUGGGCUUCUCUUCUGGGCCUUCAAUGGGCUCCUGCUGGUGGUGGACACAACCGGAAAACCGAACUUCAUCUCCCGCUACCGGAUUCAAGUUGGCAAAAAUGAGCCUGUGGACCCUGUGAAACUACGCCAGUGUAUCUACACGGUGCUUUUCAACCAGAAUGUCAUCAGUAUCCCAAUGCUGGUUGCCCUCUAUCCCUUCUUCCAGUGGCGGGCAGACCCCUGCCACCGAGAGCUACCUACUCUCUGCCGUUUCCUCCAGGAACUGUCUGUCUUCAUCUUGAUGGAGGAAGUCCUGUUCUACUACUCACACCGGUUUCUUCACUACCCAAUAUUCUACAAGAAAAUUCACAAGAAGCAUCAUGAAUGGACGGCCCCCAUUGGUUUGGCCUCUCUCUAUGUCCACCCCAUAGAACACAUAGCUUCCAAUAUGCUGCCGGCAGUACUGGGUCCCUUAAUAAUGGGCUCCCACUUGUCCACCAUCACGUUGUGGUUUUCCUUGGCUCUAAUCAGCACCACCAUCUCUCACUGUGGCUACCACCUGCCCUUCCUGCCGUCUCCUGAAUUCCAUGACUACCACCAUCUCCAGUUCAACCAGUGCUAUGGAGCUUUGGGGGUGAUGGACUAUCUGCACGGGACGGAUACCCUGUUCAAGCAGACCAAAGCCUACGAGAGACAUGUUUACCUGUGGGGCUUCACACCUCUGUCUGAGAGCAUUCCUGACUCACCAAAAAAGGACCGAGAGUCCUAGGCCCCUCCUGCCUGGCCCCUCUACAGCAGAACCCCGGGACAGCCUGAAGCCUUACCGCUGCAACUCCCAACUUGCUUUCUUCAGCCCACACACAUGAGGACAGAGGGAAGGCCCACUUUGGGUGAAAAGGCAGAGCCAAGGACUGGGCCAGAGCCUCUUCAAUCACUGUCCUUGUCCCUUUAGUGGACCAGGAGUUGACUUCAGGAAAAUAGAAAGAAAAGCUCCUCAGGCUAGAAACUACCCAGAGGGAAAGGGAAAUCAUUUUGUUAGGCCUUGGUGAGUCCUCUGGUCUCCCGUGGGAGGCAAGUGGGGGCUCUAAGCCCAGAACCCUGGUAGUGGGGAAAUGCAACUGGGAUUCCAAGACAAGAACACUGUUGGCUCACAGUUGGAAGUCUGAGGUCUUAACGUGUUAGAUGCCGCCCCGUACAACACAUCCAAAGGCCAUCACAGUUCCCGCCUUGCUACACACAAAUGUCUUUUUUUUUUUCCUUUUAUGUCAGUUAUUGGGCUUGAACUCAGGGGCUGGGCAUGGUUCCUGAGUUAAGCAUCCUACCAUUUUGAGCCACAGCUC